UAGAUAUAUGUCAAGAUAGAUCAUGUUUGGAUAAACAUAGUCAAUUUGCGUUAAUAAAUUUAUUUUUUAAUUUAUUAUUGCAAAUAAUAAAAAAACAAUGUUUGAAGAUGAAGAAUGGAAUAUCAACGAGGAUGAUUUGAAAGAUUUCAAUAGUGAUGACUUCAUUCAUGAUAAUAAUGACAAAGCUGAAAAUCUAUUACCAAUAAAAAGUGUUGAGAUAAAAAAGCAUUCCGUUUUGCUGAAUACUUCUGGAUUACAUUCCAAGGUUUCUGAUAAUCUUCAAAAUAAUGUGAAAUUCCAACCCAAUGAAGCAGUAUCAAUAGCUCAGAAAAAAGUAGUUCUUGACAUAUUUAAAAAUAAUUCUUGCUCUCAUCAAGAUUCAAAAAUUCAUCAACAAAAUUCAUUGAUUAAUGAUAAUGAAAAAUUAUUUGAAUACACGUCUAUUGUCACAGGCGAACAUGGAAAAGAAUUAAUUCUAAAUGUUUUUCAAAAAAAUAUUGAAAAAUCUAAUAAGUCUGUUGUUAAAUCAGUAUUGAAAAUUUCUGAUCAUGAAAAUAAAUUCAAGCGAAAAAAAAAUGUAGCUUUUGUAGAUUCUCCAGGUGAAACUAAUAUUGCUAAAAAGAUAUGUAUUGAAAAAAUAAAUAAAUUACAAGAAUUAAAAAGUAAUGAUAAAUACAAUGAUCAAGAAAAUCAAAGGUUAGAUUUACAAAAGUUGUCAAUUCAUAAAAGUAUUAAAGUAUCACGUGUGAAGCAAGCUAUAAUUAGAAAGUUUCCUGGACCAGCAGGAAUUUUACCAGAUGAAGUCAAUGAAAAUGAUGUUAUUGAUCUUGACUAUUUAGAUGAAAAUAAAAAUAAUAAAAGUAAUCAAUAUGCUGAUAUUUGUUCCCAGAAUACAAAGAAUUUAUUUUCAACUGGAGCAUGGCAAUUAAUGAUGGAUGAUUUACCUGCAGGUUUUGAACUUUGUGAUAUAGCGACUAUUAAGGAAAAUGCUUUACAGUAUAGUAAAACCUAUAAAAAGGUACCUUAUUUAGCAGGCAUUGUUCAAUGUAUAGAUUAUAAACCCAAUGAUCCUCAUAUUAUUUUAAAAGAUCUGUCUGGCAAAGUAGACGCAUGUAUCCAUCACAGUAUCUGUAAGUUAUAUCCUAAUGCACUUGGAACUAGCGUUGUUAUUCUUGCUAAAGAUAUUGGAUUGAUUGUUACAAGUAAAAAAUUUGUGUGUGUCAUUAUUUCACUAAACAAUUUAGUAAGUAUCUAUUCAGAUGAAGCAAGAUUAGUUGAAACAUCUCACUUAAAAACACUACUUAAAAAUGACAAUGUAAAUCAAAAUCUGCAUGAAUCUGAAAUCAGUGUACUCGAUGAAAUUGAGUGCCAGGAUAAUAUUGAAACAUUGAAAACUCAUUCACAAGAUAUUGAAAAUAAACUUCAAAAAGAAUCUGGAUUAAUUUUAAAAAAUUUAAAAAAAAUUAAUAGUUCAGGUAUUUCAGAAUUAGAUAUUGGUAGAAAAGAUAAUUCACAAGAAUUUGACUUAGAUGAAGACAAUGCUUGGCUUGGCAUUAAUAUUGAUGAAUUAAAUUCCUUUAAACCUAAUCAGUUUCCAUCAUCAACCCCGAUAGAUGCCAAUGAAAAUAAUGCAAAUGAAGUACAUUUUCAAAUUAAAAAAUCUGAACAUGUCUUGUCAAAGAUAACUAAACAUUCAUCAGAAUCAGAAAAAAUUCAAUCAGAUUUAAAACUUUCAAAUUCUGCAGAUAAACAAAAAAUGAUAUCAGAUAAAUUAUCAAUAUUUAGAAAUACCAAUAACACAUCUAUGCCAUCUACAGCAUUACCUGUCAUAAGUAAGCCAUUUGAAUCAGAAGGGAAUGAUACAGAUGAUGAAAUGCUAUCUCAAUUAGAUGUAGAUGCUAUUGCAGCAAGUUAUAAAACUCAGAAUUGUUAAUUGUUUAAAGUUAUGUUAGAAUGUCCAGUAUUAUUAAUUUAUACUUUAUUAAAAAAAUGUUAAUAUAAGUUUUGUACUAGUACAAAAAUAUAUAAGUGUGUUUGUUUUAAAUAUAGUGAAUAUUUUUUCAUACUGUUGAUAACUUAUAGUAAUAAACAGAUAGAGUAUUAAAAUCAUCUAAAAUUACUAUAAUAUACCUACCUAAUCUAAGUAUACAGUUAUA